AUGGAUGGAAUGGAACCAAAAGCAAUAACAAAUGAAAAUAAACUGUUGACUCAAAUAAAUUUACCGCAAAAUAAAGUAUAUAAAUGGACUAGUGAUGUAGAUGAUCGUGCAAUUGAAGGAAUUUUACAUUAUCCACCUGAAAAAUUUGAAUCGAAAAAUCUACCACUUCUUGUUCUCCUUCACGGUGGUCCAUAUGCAGCAAGUAUCAAUCAAUUUGAUGGAAGCGCAGCUUCUUUGACUCUAUUGGCAGCAUCGGAAGGUUGGCUAGUGUUAGAACCGAACUAUCGAGGAUCAACCGGAUAUGGUGAUCAGUUUCUUAAUGAAAUUCGUUAUUAUCCUUUAUCUUUACCAGGCAGAGAUAUACUUUCAGGAGUCGAUCGUCUGAUAAAAGAUGGUAUUGCUGAUCCAAAUAGUCUUGCAGUAGGUGGUUACAGCUAUGGUGGCUUUUUAACGAACUGGUUAAUAACACAAACCACACGUUUCAAGGCUGCUCUGACUGGGGCCGGUUCUAUUGAACAUGUCUCUACUUGGGGUGCAAUGGAUCUACCUGCGUCAAUCAGCUAUUUAUUUGGCGGAUUUCCAUGGGAAGUACCUCAUAUAUAUCAAGCGGAAUCUCCUAUUUACCACUUAGCAAAAGUACGUACACCCACGCAUAUAAUAACAGGUACAGAUGAUACUCAAAUUCCUGCUGAUCAAAGCUACAUACUGGAACGUGGGCUACAUUACUUAGGAGUACCUGUGAAACUAUUACUUUUUCCCAACGAAGGACACUCGCCGUGGAUCAAUCCUUGGCAUUUAAAAAUCAAAGUUCGAGAAGAACUCAAAUGGUUACAAACAUAUGGGCGUAAAUCUUUGACUACAACAAUAAUAUGA